AUUAGUAUCAUGGGGUAUGCAUUUUCCUUGGUCAUCAGUCAUAAUUGAUAUUUUUUUAUUCUUAUUCAUUAUCGUGACCAUAAAAUAUAUUGUGUUAGAGAUGUAGUUUUGCAAUAUUAAACUUUUCAUGUCAAUAGCUGUAAGAAGUUGAGAAUCAGUUCGGUUUUACUGCUGAACCAUCCGUCUUUCAAGGUUCCGUGGUCUUCCUUAGUUCAACUGGUACUCCUUUACUGAAGAAAGUCCUUGUUUAACAGUUUUCAUUUCAAGACAAUAUAGAAUUAAGAUAAGUAUAGAAUUAAAAUAUAAAAUGUGCUAAGAAAAAGAGAGAAAGCGGGGGAAAAACUUAGAAAAAGGGGAAGAGAAUAAAAAAGAAAAGAGAAAAACAUCUGACUUCCAAUGUAUCUUCAUUCACCUACAAAGAAUAAUAUAGCCAUCAUUAUCUGGGUUCUUUUUAGUGUUCAGUCUUUUCUCGCACAAAAACACUUUUCAAAUUAGUCUUCAAAACUUAAAAUUGGUAAAUACUUUUCUUCUUCAUGCAAAAAGUCAAUAAAAGGUUUCCAGAUAUUCAAUUUUUUUCCUAAUGUCCCUUCUUUUACUAAACAAGCUAGUUUAUCCAUCUCCAUCAUUUGUGUCAUCAAGUUUUCUGUUAUUGGUACUGUUGAACUGCUCAUAGAACAAUCUUGCCCCUAUGAUCAUAUAUUGCAACAGUCUGCCAUAGUUAUUUAUAUCAAGUAGUCCAAGUAAAAAGUCUCAAACUUUAACUGGAUACUCCCCCCCCCCCAAAUUUUCUCACUCCAUUUAUAUAUUAUAAUUCAGUUUUUCUUGGCAUAAUUACAUGUCCACCACAUAUGGUAAAAUGACCCUACUUGUUGAUUACAUCUUCAACAAAUCUUGGAAACCUCUUUAAACGUUUUCGAGAUCUUUUCAGGAGUUAUAUACCAUUAGUGCAUUGUUUUAUAGAAAUUAUCUUUUAAGUGAUAACAUAAUUUAAAUUUUAACCCUUUAGUCCACAUUUCCCCCAUAGAUCUGACAGUAUAUUGUGCCUACUGUUCUGUGCUCAAUUAUUCAUUCUUUAACUUGUUCCUCUGUCACUUCCCGUUUCAAUAACAUCUUCUACAUCUUAGUAAUUAAAUGUUCAUCAGUAUUACACAAUUGCAAUUUGAAUUCUGAAUUACUCAGUUCAAAAUCAAAUAACGUCUUGCUUAAAUCUUUCCCUGACUAAGAAAACCACUGAAAACUAAAGCCCUCUGCAAUCGGUCAUUCUCUUAUUUUAACUUUAUACUCUCCUUGUACAUUUUCUAGAAGGUCAUCAAAUGUUAACCAUUAAUUCUUGGCUUGUAUGUCUUUUCUAUGGAAUACUUCUUGCACAGAUACUCACAUUGGCAUCUUUAGACACAAGUUUGAUCGAUAUCUCUCCCAUAUUAAUAACAAAGCAUGUCUAACAUAAUGACUUUAAAGUCCACAUUGACUUUCAUUUUGUCAUACCACAUGUAACCAUGCCAACCAUAUCUUAAAUCAUGUCCUUCCAAAUCCAAUAAGUUAGUGUUAUUUAACAAAAUCCAGUCUUUUAUCCAAACUAAACAACAAGCACCAAAAUAAAGUUUCAGAUCAUGUGUACCUAGCCCACCACAUUUCUUUGCAUCUUGAAACACCUAAAUUUUAAUUAUUGGCUUCUUCCCCUAUCAUACAAAUUUAGAUAUAUCCCUUUACCAUGAUAUAUUUAGAUUCAUUCUCAAAGAAAUGGGAGUGCCACAACAUAUUUUGUCCUAAUGUGGAACCUAUACUCUGGACAAGAGGUCAGUGUUGAUGACUCCAUUGCAUUGCAGCAGACUCUCCUAGCUUCAGGGCAAAACAGCCUGCUCCAAAGCAGAAACUCAAACCCAAAAUUACUUCUCAAGUUAAGCAGAAGAAGCAGAAGAGUGCCCUACUAAGAACUUGCCUUGAAGAGAUCCUCUUUUAAUUAUAGCAUCUUCACAACUGUGAAAUAGGCUUUCUUUCAAGCUGUCUUUCAAGCAAACACAGAUCAAUCCCACCUCUAAUUUCCAAAAAUAUUGUUGAUAUUGCAGUGAAGAAUUCCUGACUUGAAAAUAUUUUUCUUGUCUCCUCAAUUCUUUUUAAAAUAAUGCUAUUUUUAUUGAAAGAAAAGAUGAAAAAAUAUGAUGCAACUAUAACAAAAAUGAGCAAGUAGAUUAUAAAGUCAACCUUUUUUGUUUUAAAUCUACUGGUCUACUUACUAAUACUCCUACAGUAUAACAACAAAAACAACUACAAAUGGCAACACAAAGACCCAGAAAAUAAAACAAACUAAUACACAUACAUAUACAUCAAGCCUAUAUACUAAAACAAGACUAGCAAACAUAAACUAUCACUCUCUGUCUGAUGGUUUUUAGUCUACUCCUAAUUAGUUUACUCCCUUUUAGAAGUAUUGUAUAGUUAAACGUCUACAUUUAAUAAUGUACUACUAGUUCAUAACUUCUACAAUUAAUGAAACCCCCAAAUUGUUAGAACAUAUUAAUCAAUAAAUGCCAAAUCUCUCUUAAAGAUAAACACAUAUUUUCCUUUAGCAGCCAAAUCAAUUUGUCCAUCUCAAUUAAUACACAAAUCUUUGACAGCUAUUACAGUAGAGUCUCACUUAUCCAACAUAAACGGGCCGGCAGAAUGUUGGAUAAGCGAAUAUGUUGGAUAAUAAGGAGGCAUUAAGGAAAAGCCUAUUAAACAUCAAAUUAGGUUAUGAUUUUACAAAUUAAGCACCAAAACAUCAUGCUAUACAACAAAUUUGACAGAAAAAGUAGUUCAAUACGCAGUAAUGCUAUGUAGUAAUUACUGCAUUUACGAAUUUAGAACCAAAAUAUCACGAUGUAUUGAAAACAUUGACUACAAAAAUGCGUUGGAUAAUCCAGAACGUUGGAUAAGCGAGUGUUGGAUAAGCGAGACUCUACUGUAUUAGAAACUCUCAGAUUCCAUCUUCCAUAUUGUCCUCCAUUCAGAAACAGUUCAUACCGGAGAUUCUCAUCAUCAUCAUUACUUCCCCUAUUAUAUAUAUCAAUGUUUCACAACUACCCCCCCCCCCCCUUCAGCACAACACUGUCACAAAUCUGCCAUCUUAUGAAGUUAGCGACUGUUUCUCUAUGAAGAUUUUUCUAUUUGGCCUCAAGUCUUGUCAACCUCUCAUUGUGACCUUUAUGUAGAAGAUCCAGAGGAAUUUUCUCCAAUCUUACUGCCUGCUCCUGAAUUCCAGAUUCUAUUUUCACCAAGUUUUGGUUUACCUGAAUUUGCCCCUCAGCUAGUUUUCCCGAAGAGUUAGGUAUUCCUUUCUUUUCUGCUGUUAAUUCUUUUCUCAUCGAUCCCAGUUCACCCAAAAUGUGAGUUAGUCCAAUUGAAUCCAAAUACUCUUUAAUUUUUCUCAUUUUAACAUUGUUGAAUUAUUAUAACUAAACACAAGAUGGCAGUAAAGUAAACCUCUUUUUAUUUGUUUUUAAUUGAUCUUGCUCAGUUGGUGUGCUACGCUCCCAAAAAGUUCAAAUGUUUACUUCCUGUUAUUGUCUGGUUCUGGAAAAUUUAUUUUGUUUCGGAUCCAAAAAAACAAAAACAAAAAAAUUUACCUCUGUAGUGUGUGUAUAUAUGUAUAUUAUUAGCUCUUAUAAUCGAUCCAAUGCACAAAUCUUAUUAACUUUGGAGCUUCUUUAAAGACUUUAUUAAAAAUUGGGUAGUUAGUAACAUCUGUAACUAUUUGCAUUCCAUUUGGCUUCAGAUAAUAAAUUUAGACUACUCACAUCUCCCACAGUAGAGGUUAAUGCACACAGAAGUUAAUUAUCCAACAGCCAGAGAUGACUCCCAAGGUAAAAAAUCUUCUUUCUUCCUUAAAAAUGGUAAUCAAGGUGUUCUUUUUGCUGUGAAUAGCAUGGCUACCACCUGAGACAGGCAAUUUUCUCACUUCUAUCUCCCCUGUGCUCCCAAGACAAAAAUAAGUGCAUUGGCAAGACAUCAGAGACAGAAACUGGGUUUUCAUAAAGCCUCCACUUCUUUCUUGCCUGGAAAAAAGCCACUACUGGACCAAGUUAUCUUAGGACUAGUGGUUUUCUGCAGGUGGUGACUUCUCCCCUGGCAGCAGAUUGGGCAAUAUGUCCAUAGUCUGCCAUAUUUGCUUGGUCUCCUCUCCUUCAAUUCUGAUCUUGUUUGCUUUGAGAUUUGCAUAUUUUAAGAAUUACUUUACUGGUUUUUUUUUCUCUUCAUUUAUUCCAUUGGAUUUAUUAAUCCUCUAUGUUUGCAUGCAUGUACCAGUGUUACACAGUGCCAUAGGAAAGAAACUAGCUUGUAGCUUGUAACUCCCUAGCAUUAUAAAGGCAAAUCACUGGACAAGUGUUACUGACUGAUUACCUUGAAUUUUUCUAAAGAGCAAUAUUCUCUUUACAUUAAUAAUGUAAAAGUACUAUUCAAAGGCAUAGCCCUAUUAGCCUGUUUAACACAGAACCUAUAAGGGAAUAUUGUAGCACCUUUGAGACUAAUUCAAAUUUUUCUUAAGCAUAAGCUUUAUAGACUCCUGCUGAAUCUAAUAAAGUGGAUAGUAAUAGGGAUGGAAUCCAGUAGUUUUCCAACUGGGUUGAAUUUGGAGUUCCUGUGGAAAUUUUCCACAAAUUGCAGAAACCUUUUUGGGGAUCCCAGCAAAACAUAAGCCGUACAUUUCAUAAAACAGAGAAUUUCUCAAGAACUUGAAAAGCAACACAGUUUUGAGGCAAUAACCUAUACUUUGAACUUUUACGACGCACAGCUUUUUCAUUUUAAAAAUCCACAUAUUUACAUUGUGUUUUUGUUGUUGUUAUGUACCAGGGGAAAGUGUAUUAAAUACAAAGCUGAAUUGCACACUAUACUUUUAUACAAACAACAAAGGGAAGGGUUCACCAUGGUGACUAUAGCUUUUGCUGAUUUGAAAGUUGCACAAUUCAAAUGUUAUGCAACAGGAAAGAAAACCAUGCGGCUUCCCAUCAGAGCAGAGAAAAGAGUUCCAGAGUAUCUUGAGGCAAUGGGAUGAAAAACAAUUUUAUUGAACUCUUGGAAAAUCAAGAUUUGCCAUCACUAGAUUGGAGCCUGUGCUAGAAAUAUCAGUUAUUCUCCAAAAUGAUAAUAGUGGUACUUAUUCCUAGGAAAAUGUGUAUAAGACUGUCACCUAAGUAAGACAAUCUUAAAAGCCAUUGGAAUGCAUGGGUUUCUUUAUAACAAUCAUGGGUGGGGAUUUAUUUAUUUUUUUUGCAUCUGUGUAUUUCUUAAUUUCAUUUCCAUUAUUUCCUGAAGGAAAAAGUAUUGCAGUACAUUAUUUUUCCCACUCCCAUGUAUUUGCUAUCCAUGAGGUUUCAAACCAUUUAGCAAAUGAAAAAAAUCAGUUAUUUGGCACACAGACAACUCAAAUGUACAAUGGAAAAGCCCAUCAUACCCACUAUCAAGAAAUUAUAGAAAAGGAAAUACUUUUCUUGAAAAUCCAGAUUGAACAAUCACCUCCAGGAGUCCAAAAAGAAGAAGGGGUAUACGUGUCUGGUUUUAAUUGUAGCAGAAACUAAAAGAAAGGAAGAGCAUUUACCAAUCUUAGUUAUUUUAUCUUGUCCCCCUCCUGUAUUUUUGUAAUUCAAUGUUGGAGGAAAUACAGUCUUUCAUCGCAUAAUAGUUGCACUUUCCCCCCUUUUUCCAUCAAAGGGUGGCAUGCACCUAUUACGGGAGGAUAAAAUAUCUGUCUUUGAUUCUCCAGUUUCUGAGGUUUUUUUUUUACAAAUAGUAAAUGCCUUACCUCUUAAAGAGGAGGAAGAAGAGAAAUGAUCCAGCCUCAAAACAACCACUCCGUUUCUGUUUGUUUGUUUGUUUGUUUAAACUGAUGGGCCAUUUGGGUCUUCAUUCUCCAAAGGUCUAUAGUUCCCUCCUUCCUCUGAAGGCAAGGUAGUUGACAAAAUCUGAAAUGACGCUCUUUGUGGGAAGGAGGAAGGAGGGGAGGGUGGAGCUCCAGAGACCUCAAUUUUAUAGUUUUUAACCUGCUUUGCCAUCAGCCCCAAAUGCGAGGAGCACACAAAUAUCAAAUAUGCCACUAAAAAAUGGGUGUGCUACUAUCACACUGUGGUAAAUAUUAUGUGAUGAAAUGUGAUAAAUAUGCUUCCUAAAAGAUUUGAAAAUGGACUCCAAGGAGCUAGCUGCUGUAUGUGCUUACUAGGCUCUAAGCGUUACAAAAAAUCAACCUAAUUACUAAAUUUAAGAAUGUGUUAUUACAUGAAAAGAAUAUUUGAAUGAGCUCUGGUUUGCUUGAGGGAUAAUUCUGCUCUAAUGAUUGAAAUCAUGCUGGAAGGUCCACCAUAGUAGCAUAGGUUUAUUUAUUUAUUUAUUUAUUUAUUUCGAUCCCGUUCUUCUCACCCCGCAGGGGACUCAGAGCAGCGUACAACAUACAUUUAGGCAAAAAUUCAAUGCCUCAUUAUACAAAGCAAAUAAAACAUAACAUAAAAUCAAUAGAAACAAUCAACAUAUAAAUACAAUUUAAACCAUGAACAUUAAGAUAUUAAAACAUAGAAACAGCAUCUAGGUACACCUCCCCUCUCAUGACCUUAAGGUCUUCUUUGGCUGUCUUGGAUGGACUGGGCCCCUGCCAGCAUCCUCCUUUAAUGCCUCAGCCUCUGGAGGAAGCAGGUGUUUCUGAUGGGCCUUGCUUCAGCCAGGCAGUCAGGGUCUGAGUUUGCAAGGAGCCAGUCACCAGGAGCUGAGGUCAAAGGCAGCAAUGUAGGAAUCUUCACUCUGAGGUAGCGAUCUACAGCAAUGGCCAAGAGUGCCAAGAUAGAGCUCUCAGUGAGGAUAACUGGGCAGGCCACCAUCAGGCAGCUGUAGAAAUGUAUCCAUGGUCCAAUGUUGAUGAUGAUGGCAAGUGGGAUGACAAGGGCUCCCACUGCAACGUCUGCAACCGCCAGAAAGACAAUAAAGUCGAAGGUGGAAUCUCGUAAGGCCUAGUUGACUUUGACAGCCCAGAUCACCAGGAUAUUCCCAGGGAUGGACACAAGGAAUCAACCUGUAAGGGGAUGUCAAUAACUCUCCUAAUUUUUCAAACAUCAGAUCUUUUCAGAUUAUCUGAGAAGACUCCAGUGAAUAUAUAAUCCCUUCUGAAAAGGGCUCAGAUUCAGACAAAAAUACAUUUACUCCUUAUGAACAAUACAGAAUGGAUUGCAAAACCCGCAUAACAAUAGUAUAUACAACUAAUAUUGUAUAUAAUCUUGUUUUAUCAUGAAGUCAAUCCAUAGGCUUCUAUAACUUUAUGGAUGAAGAGAUGCUCGAUAGAGGUCGAAUAAUCUAUGUCCUGAAGACCAACAAUACAUUUUCCCAGCUUGGAAUUUUUAUAUGUGAAGGGAAACUGAUGAAAAAAGAUAAUAUUGGAUGACUUGGUCUCAAGCACUAAUAGUUGCAGUAAAUAGCAAAUAUUUUGUUCCUAUGCAGAUUUCUAAUAAUUGUAGUGUUCAGAUCAUUCAAACCGGCUAACUUAAAGUUAUAGUAACAAUUGAAGGGGGCAAAGCUAGAAAUAUGGGAGGAUUCUCUGCUCACUACAAAAUCAUUGUAGAGGUUGUGGAUGAGAAUGACAGCUCUGGAGGUGACUAAAGCAUGUAGUACUGGUCUAUUACCAGAAGACUCUUUUGUAGAUGCUGUGGCAUUCCUCUUCUGUGUCUCAGAAAGGGACUCUGUGUAAGCAAUAGCAAGAAUUCCUUGUACAACUGAGACAGACCUGUCCAUUGUACUAAGUGUCAUUGAGAACAAUUGCUGCCACCUGGUGACCCAACAGAUCUGGACAGGGAGCAUGUCUCUGUGCAUAGACCAGCACCCCAGCCACCAAGAGGGAUAUUCCCCGAUUCACAAUGACAAUUAUUAACACUCAGAUUCCUUAUGUCAGUGACAGCCUUCAAGAGCUUUAAGCAUCUUUCUACAAUGUUUUGUUACGGGAAAAUAAUAUUCAAGAGCUGCUGAUUUGUUUAGCUCAAGCUGUUGAACUUAAGCAGAAUACCCAAAACAACCUUUUUUCUUGUUAAAGUGAAAAAAGGUCCAGCAUCAUAAUUCUAUAUCUGUCAGUUAUAAAACUGGAAAUUUGUAAGACUUCAGAUUUAAAGAUUUAGAGGAAAUAACAAAUGUGUUAUGUAUGUGUUUCUAGGUUCUGGACAAUGAUUUUGUUUCAUUCAGUUCAAAUUAGAGUGCAGAACUCAUAUCUGAUUAUUCAGAAGCUUUAUAGUACAAAUCAGUGGAGAGGAAUAGUAGUUAAUCAGCUAUGCAAAGCUUUUAAAUUAAGGUUAUUGUAAACAAUGUUCAGUGAGAAAUACAGAGUCCUAAUGGUUGUAGCCACAAUCAGCCACAGGGUGGCAAUACAGGCAAAUAGAUAACUGAAGAUCAGAAUUUUCAUGUGCAAAGCAGAGAACUGUGGGAAGAAUUAUUUCAGAAGUGAGAUUGCUAACGCUUGUAUGAGAAAAAAAGAACACAUUCAGUGGAUCACUCCAAUUAGCAGAACAAAAUUAAUUUCUUCAUGAGGCAAGGUCUUUACAUUUGAAUCAAAAAUUGAAGCAAAAAGGAUUGAGAGCAAGAGGUGUGAACCAUGGAAGAUUGCUUCAGGAAUAAACAAGGUCUGUGCUUUUUACUAUUCCUUUGUGUUACUGAUAUAUUGUGUGUCUCAAUUCUUUAUUCUGUGCCUGAAGAAAAGAAAACUGGCUCUCUUGUGGCUAACGUGCUGAAUGAUUUGAAACUGGGAGUUGGGGAGCUAUCUGCUCGCAGAGCCCAGCUAGCGUCUGAAACCUCUAAGCAAUAUUUCCACCUUGAUACCCACUCUGGGAAUCUACUCAUAAAUGAUAAAAUAGACAGAGAGACUUUAUGUGGACAGACAGAACCCUGUUUACUUGUCUCUCAAAUUGUGCUCCAAAAACCUUUGAAGAUCUAUAGUGUUGAAAUAAAGGUAGAAGAUGUUAAUGACAAUGCCCCCAAAUUCUCAAAAACUGAUUUCCAGUUUGAAAUUCCUGAGAACAUUCCCCCAAAUACAAGAUUUCCCUUGGAAUCUGCCCAGGAUGAAGACCUGGGAAAAAACAGUAUCCAAAACUACACCCUCAGUCCCAAUGAGUAUUUCCAUCUGGGUGUAGAAAGCAACACUGAUGGAAGCAAAUAUGUGACUCUCAUCCUGGAGAAAGCUCUGGACAGAGAGAAAGAGCCACAUUUGGGCCUCACACUUACAGCUGUUGAUGGAGGAGUACCCCAGAGAACAGGCACAGUUCAAAUAAAUGUUAAUGUUCUGGACAUCAAUGAUAACUUUCCUGAAUUUACUCAGUCUGAGUACAAAGCAAUAUUGAAAGAAAACUGUCCGAGAGAUACUUUGGUGUCCAGAGUAGAAGCCAGAGAUUUAGAUUUUGGAUCGAAUGCUCAGAUUACCUACUCCUUCCAUCGAAUACCUAAAAAAAUACAUAAUCUGUUUCAUCUGAAUGAAAUGACUGGAGAAAUCACUGUUUUGGGAGAAAUUGAUUAUGAAAAAGAAACCAAUUAUGAAAUGACUAUUAAAGCUACAGAUAGAGGUGGUCUUUUUGGGCACUGCAAGGUCCUGGUGGAGAUUGAGGAUGUGAAUGACAAUGCCCCAGAAGUCUCAGUCAUAUCAAUCAACAGCCCUUUGCCAGAGGAUUCCCCACUAGAGACACUUGUUGUCCUCUUUAGCGUCAAAGACCAAGACUCUGGAGACAAUGGCCAAACUCUCUGCUCUGUGGAUAUGAACUUGCCCUUUGCAUUAAAAGUUACUACAAGUAACUUUUACCAGCUUGUGAUACAAAGUCCCCUGGACAGAGAGAAGGUUUCAGAGUACAAUGUCACCAUCACAGCAAUGGAUCGUGGAUCUCUUAGGCUCACCUCAACAAUAAUUAUUCACGUGGAGAUCUCAGAUGUCAAUGACAAUCCUCCGGUAUUUGAAAAGUCUUUGUUUGAAAUGCAGGUACAAGAAAAUAAUAUUCCAGGACUACUAAUUGGCACAGUUCAGGCUGUUGAUCUGGAUACAGAGCAGAAUGCCAAACUGUCCUACUCCCUUUUACCUGGGAACAUCGGUGGUGGCCCCGUGGCCUCUUAUGUCUCCAUCAACUCUGAAACAGGAAACAUGUAUGCCCUUCGAUCUAUGGACUAUGAGAAAAUAAAAGAUUUCAAAGUUACAGUGAAGACAACCGACAGUGGUAAUCCGCCCAUGAACUCAGAUGUAAUUGUUCAUGUCAUUGUCACAGAUGAAAACGACAAUGCCCCCUUUUUCCUGUAUCCCCUUCAGAACAGCACAUCCCCGUGCAAUGAGCUGCUUCCCAAGAUGGCAGAGGCCGGUUACCUGAUCACCAAAGUGGUGGCUGUGGAUGGAGAUUCUGGUCAGAACUCCUGGCUCUCCUAUGAACUCCUGAAGGCAACAGACCCUGGUCUUUUCAGCAUAGGAGCCCAGAAUGGAGAACUGAAAACCAGGAGACCACUGACUGAGAGAGACACCAACAAACAGAGGCUUGUUAUUGCAGUCAAGGACAAUGGUGUCCCUCCUCAGACCAGUACUGCAAUGCUCAAUAUUCUGCUGGUGGAUGGCUUUUCUGAUCCUUACCUGAAGGUGGUGGAUGUCCGUCAACAGGAUCCUGAAGAUGAGGGAACCUUGACUAUGUAUUUGGUGAUUUGCCUGGCAUCUGUCUCUUUUGUGUUUCUACUUUGCAUUGUUUCUUUUGUUGGGAUCAAGAUGUGCAAGAAAGACCAUGGAAGCAGUUUUAUUGUUGCCCCUCCUCACUUCCCGCCUGCUCUUCCAGAGAACUGUACUGAUUCUCAGAGUGGCUCACUUUCCAGGAAUUAUCCAUAUGAUGUGUGUUUAACCAAUGGAUCGUUAAGCAGUGAGUUCAGAUUUCUCCGACCUCUCAUUCCUAUUUUUUCUGUGGCGGAUACAAACAUCCCUGUGAACAACAAUAGCUCUUCUGUUUCCCAAGACCUUCCUGAGUGUUUGGAUGACAAUAAACCAAGUGAGCAGGUGAGAAAUUAG